AUUCACAUCAAAUAACAAAGAAAGCAAUUAAUCAGUUAAUUGUUAAGCAAUGUCGAAGCUUUACUUGGUCUUUGCCCUUUCCUUGGCCAUGCUUGUUUCAGGGGCUCACAUGGCAACCCUCAAUAUCAGAAACAACUGUCCAUUUACUAUCUGGCCAGGAACCCUUACUAGUGGUGGUGGAUCUCAAUUGCCAAACACUGGAUUCGAGUUAGCCCCCCAAGGAUCAAAUUCCAUUAACGUUCCAGCUCCAUGGACAGGCAGGCUUUGGGCUCGAACACAAUGCUCAAGCUCAUCCGGAAGAUUCACUUGUGCCACAGCAGACUGUGGCUCUGGCCAGGUUGGCUGCAAUGGAGCAGGUGCAGCCCCUCCAGCAACCCUUGCAGAGUUCACUCUAGCAGCAAAUGGAGGACAAGAUUUCUAUGAUGUCAGCCUGGUAGAUGGCUUUAACUUGCCAGUUUCAAUAACCCCACAAGGCGGUUCUGGUCCAACCUGCACCACGACUAGCUGUGCGGCAAAUGUGAAUUCAGUUUGCCCAUCAGAGCUAGCUGUUAGAGGAUCUGAUGGGAAUAUCAUAGCCUGCAAAAGUGCAUGUGUGGCUUUCAAUCAACCUCAGUAUUGUUGCACUGGUGAAUAUGAUUCACCCCAAACAUGUCAACCAACAAACUACUCCAUGAUCUUCAAGAAUCAGUGCCCUCAGGCUUAUAGUUAUGCUUAUGAUGAUCAAUCUAGCACUUUCUCCUGCACUGGUGGACCUAAUUACCUCAUCACUUUCUGUCCAUGAGGGCUUACAAGCAGGAAGCGGCUCUAUUGCUUUGCAUACUUAUGAUUCUAGAAUUUAAAAGGAAAAAAAAAAGAAAACCACUACUGUUGGUUAUUAUCAAAUAAACAGACAUAAAAACCUUCUUGGUUUUAAUUUUAUGUCAAUACGAUAGAACGUUAAAUAAAUUUAACAUUGCAAAUAGUAUUUGUUUGCAGCCUGUUGCAAGCUUACAAUUAUAUCUAAUAAAUCAUAUUCUCCCCAAGCAAGAACCAAUCUUUUUUGUUUUGAAAUUAUGUUUGUAUCGGUAAUUGUCAUAGAAUUAGAAAGGUAA